AAGCAUUCCACAAAGAUCACAGGAGACAUUACAGAGCUUCAUCUUGUAAGGGUAUUGCAUUUGAGCCAACAAGAAAAGGAACUAAAGCAUAUCACCAGCAUUAACCAGCAACAAUUUGCAUGAAGAUUGCCAUGGUUUGCAUGCCUGGCAGAAAAUCCCUUUCUUUCCUAAUUUUAGCAGUGGUCCUUGAGCUUGGAAAUGGACUUCACUUGAAGGUUAUGAAGACUCAUGGUCACUUUUCAAACAAAAUAUCUUUAAGAAGAGAAAAGCGAGAGUGGAUUGUUCCACCAAUAAACAUUCUGGAAAAUGAAGACUAUACUAAGAAGAACCCUAUUGCUAGGAUUCGUUCCGAUCAUGAAAUUGAUCUAAAAAAACAAAUAACCUAUUUCAUUUAUGGAGAAGGUGUUGAAGAAUAUCCGUAUGGUGUAUUUGUUCUAGAUAGCAAAACAGGAGAUCUGAAUAUAACACGCAUUUUAGAUCGAGAAGAAAAAGAAUUGUAUCAUAUGAAAGGGGUUGCAAAAAAUCAAUUUGGUCAAGAGGAAGAAAAUCCUCUUGACAUCCGUAUUCGUGUUCUAGAUGCAAAUGACAAUCCUCCUGUGUUUGAAGUGCAACAUGCUGAGGGAUACAUUCAAGAACUAAGUGAACCAAAUACAUUGGUGAUGAUGGUAUAUGCCACCGAUGCAGAUGAGAAGAACACCAUGAACACCAAACUACAGUACAAAAUAUUAUCUCAGCAACCAUCUUCAAUGUUUAUGAUAAGAAAAGGCACUGGAGAAGUCUGUACAGCUACAGGAACUCUUGACAGAGAGACACAGGAUUCCUAUUCCGUAGUGGUGGAAGCUAGAGAUCUGGAUGGAGAUAUCCACGGACUAGCAGGGCAAGGCACUUUUCAUAUCAAGGUUUUGGAUGUCAAUGAUAAUAUUCCUCGUCUUGAAAAAGAAUCGUAUGAAGCAAAUGUGGAUGAAAAUAUUGCAAAUGUAGAAGUGUUACGGCUCAAAGCAUUUGAUGCUGAUGAAGAAUUUUCUGACAACUGGCUUGCAAACUAUGAAAUCGUCUCAGGCAAUGAGAACGGAUACUUUAUAGUCGAAACUGAUAGCAAGACUAAUGAAGGGGUCAUAAAAGUUGCUAAGGAACUCGACUAUGAGACUUUACAAUCACUUAAUCUUGGUGUUGUUGUAACCAAUAAGGCAGCAUUUCAUUCCUCUGUCGCUUCAAAAUUCCAGGCAAUUCCAAUUCCUGUAAAAAUUAAUGUAAACAAUAAAGUUGAUGGAGCUUCAUUCAAACCAGGGAUAAAAACAUUCUCAAUUAGUGAGGCUGGAGGAGAAGCAGCAGGAGGAGGAGCAGGAGGAGGAGCAGGAGGAGCAGCAGGAGGAGCAGGAGGAGGAGGUGCAGGAGGAGGAGGUGCAGAAGGAAGUGCUGGUGGUACUGGACUUGGCUUUGGAUCUGGAGGUGGAUUUGGUACUGGAAGUAAAAAAGUGUAUAUAGGCAUGCCAAUUGGAAAAUACCCAGCUAUAGAUGGCGACACUGGAAAACCUUCUGAAAAAGUCACAUAUGCAAAGGGAACAGAUCCAGACAACUGGUUCACCAUUGACGAAAAAACUUCAGAAAUCAAGCUUGCAAAGCUUCCUGAUCGUGAAUCAUCUUAUGUCGUCAAUGGAACUUACACAGCAACAAUACUGGCAAUAAGUAAUGAUAUGCCAGCAAAAACUGCUACAGGAACUAUUUCCCUUAAGGUGGAUGACGUUAAUGACCACUGUCCCAAACUUCUUGACCCAGUUCGGACUGUAUGUGAUGAGCAACACUAUACAAUUCUUACAGCUCAUGACCCAGAUCAGCAUCCAAACGCAGAACCAUAUAAGUUUGAAGUUGUUAGUCAAUCAGCAGAUAACCAGAUAUGGACAAUUGGAAAUUCAAAUGCUACAAGUGUGGAAUUACUGACUCCACAAGACUUAUAUCCUGGGAAUUUUAAAGUUCAAAUUAAAGUAAAAGAUAAUCAAGGCAAAUCAUGUCCAGAAGAUCAGUUUCUGCAGCUACGUGUCUGUACAUGUCCAUGUAAUGAAAAAGUAGUUGGCAGCAAUGCUGUGCUUGGACCUGCAGCCAUUGGUCUGAUGAUCUUGGGAGGUUUAUUAUUACUUCUUGUACCGCUUUUAUUACUGCUCUGCAAGUUUGGCAGUACAGCUGUAAAAGGAGGUUUUGAGCCACUAGCAGAUGGUACAACAGAAACAUUACAGAAAUGGAACAGUGAAGGAGGAAAGCCAGAAGACAAGGAGGUACCCACAACAAUAAUAAAAGACUCAAGAUUUAUGGGAACAGAAGUGAUACCUACAUCUGGAAGUGGAUUUCACAACAGAUCAGAAUAUGAUGGACAUGUUUCAGGAGGUCUAGAAACAAUGACAAUGGAACAGACAUCUUUAAUGAACAAUGGGAGAGAAGUUUCUCGAAAACACAGACUAUCAGGUAUAAUAGGAACAGGAGAAAUGGCAGGAACUCUGAAUGAAGCAUACGUGGGAGGAUACUUCUUAGAGAAAUCAAAGUCCAUUGCUGAAGAGGAAGAUGGCCGACCAGCAAAUGACUGUUUAAUGGUUUAUAGCAAUGAAGGGGUUGGUUCACCUGCUGGCUCUGUGGGCUGUUGCAGUAUUGUUGAUGGAGACUUGGAUGAUACUUUUCUGGAUGACCUGGGACCAAAAUUUAAAUGCCUGGCAGAACUCUGUAUAGGCCAGGAGAUCAAAACAAAAUGGACUGAUAUCCCUCCCCAGACCACUAAACCAUCUCAUCAAACAGUACUUAACCAGUCUAGAACCACAGUGCAGAAUACUAACCUACCCCGUCAACAGGACAUCAGUCAGACUACUACCAUUGUUCAGAAAAGCAGCCCUCCUCCUCCUCUACAGCCACUGCCACAAGCAUCGAUCAACCAGACAGUGACCACCGUACAGAGUAUCGCUGCACCACGUCAACCAAUAACUGAUGUGUCUGGAUCCAUACAUAAAACUGUUACUGUGUCUAACCCCACCAUCCUGAUUCCACAAACAGCUCCAGAGCCAGUUCUCCAGAACAUUUUGAUAGCUGAUGGUUCGCUUCACCAUGGCUCUAACUUGCAAAUUAUUAGGGCUAUGCCUGAACCUGUUCUCCAGAACCACAUUCUGGUAACAGACCAAUCAUUUGGCAGUGGAACCAUUCUGCAACCUAUUGGAGUUAUAACUGACCCUACAAUCAUCCAGCAAAAUCAAGUUGUCAAUGAAAGAAUAGGUGGAUCAUUUUCUAACAUGCAUGGGGUUUUACAGCAAGUUCCUAACCAAGCUGGGGCUCAGCAUGUCAUUCUAACUGAAAGGAAAACGGUAACUGCACCAUCUGUUGGAGGGUAUUUGGUAAGCACAGAACUAGCACCGAAUCAACAGGCAUUUAUAGCAAAUGCAUCAUUUAAUAAUCCUGUAAUGAGUAAAUCAGUAAGCAAGGUUGCAAAACAAACCACUGUACAAUACUCUUGAAAUUAAGGCAGUUAUAUUUGUAAUUAUUUCAAGGCUGUGCCCAUUGAAAAUGAACAACUUUAUGGUCCAAUAAGCUAACAGUAUCAAAAUGGCUGUAUAUGUUUCACAAGAUAUGGAUGUUAAACAUACAACAGCUAGUAUUUUAUCCUUCCUCCCAGCGUUUACUUAAUUAAGCACUACCAUGUUGUAGAAAAGGAAUUCUGAAAAACAAAUAUUUUUGUAACAUUAUGUUUAAAAUUCAAACUUUAUAAAAUGAAUGUUAAUUGUUGAAAUUGUUUGGAAAAAUAAACUUUUACUUGAAAAGAACAACAACUAGAAAAUGAACAUCAAAUGUAUAAAAUAACUUAAACUUCCUGUAACUAAAGGUUAUAAAGAGUCCACUGUCAGCUGUUUUUGGUUAUAAUGUUCUACAUUAAAAUGUGUGUGAAUUCAAUAAAGAAUACUAAUUCAUUAAAAAAAUUGCAACAAAUAGAACCACAUUCUCAGAAGAAUGACAUAAUUGAGAUGUGUGAUGACAUGAAUUUGAGUCUCAAAUGAUUUCCUCAUCAGCUAUUUGAUAACUGGUAAAGCUUGCAGAAAACAGAUCUACUCAAAGUUUCUACAUAAAUGUAGAUUAGGGAUGCAGCUACAUAACCAAUGUGUCUUGUAAUUGCAUUUCAUAUUGGAACUCUUAUGGCAAAAUAAAAUGAUAUGCCAAGCACAGGGGUAGUCAAUAAACAACAGUGAGAGUUAUUUUAUUUCCAGGUGGUGAUGACAUAUGAAUGAGCCUUCUGUCAGAAACUAUACACACAACUGCAAUUCAAACUUGAAAUACUAAAUGCAUAUCUGUUUACUAUGGAAUGAAAUCAUAUCCUGAGAAUUAUGGAAAACAGACAAUCCUUUAAAAUAAACAAAUCUUUUGCAGACCUCAUUUCUUUCCUGGUUUUAAAGGUAAGGGGUAGGACAGCUGCAAACUAAAAAUCACAAAGUGUUUUACAUAUUGCAGCUCAAGAGAAACCAGUAUUCUUCAUUAACUAAAAAAAGCAAAUGCAAUAUUUUUUUUUGGCAGGGCAACGUGUCUGUUUAAAUUCUCAAUGUCUUUUUUGUCUCUAGCAAUAAAUAUAAAAGUAACAAUAAAAGAAAUAAUUAGCCAUCUUUGCAUUUUAAAGAAAAAAAAAGAACUGCACCCAUGUAGUAAUAGAUAUACAUGGGAAUUCCAGUGAAAGCAAUUAUUUCUACUGUUCAUCUACAGACAUAAAAGAAUGUUAUAAGAUCAGUCAUAAAUAUCAAUCUGUACUGUAGCAUCUAGUGCAAGUGGUGAGGAGAAGUUGGAAAACACUUCUACAAGUGCAAUCUUCAAGUCAUAUAUCAGAUGUAAUGUAUGUUUUAUUAUUAUUUUCUGAUAACAUAAAGUACAUGAGGAAAUUAUGGCUGGGGGAGUAUUCUAUAUUAAAAAAACUGAAGGUGAGGCUAUCACAGGAUUAGUUAAUCUAAACCUCAGCUUCUUCAGCAAUGCUACAUAUACAUUGCUGAUAUGAAAAAGUGAAGACUGAGACACACAGUUCAAAAGAAAGUAAUCCGUGAAGCUAUCUUUGUAAUUAAUGAUGUUCAUCUCCUGUAAUGAGUGACCAAGAGAUUAAACAUUGUCCAAAGCCAGUCUUGAUCAUUCAGAGCCCCUGUCCUUCACUAAUAAAUCAUAGAUUCAUAGUUUAGUACUAAGCUAACUGCCCUUGCAAGCCAUUUUAAGCCUACCCAAUUAUCCCUUGUGAGACUCAAACCCUGCACUUUGUGUUUGUAAGGCAAGCACCUUAGCCAUUAAGCCACCCUCCCAACUAAAAGUUUACUGCUUAUAGCCUUGGUUGACUAAAGUAAAUUUUGAGUCUAGGUAGAUCGAAUGAUUGUUUGACGUGUGCAUUUUGCCAGUGGGAUGGUAGGCUGGGUUUUCUUGUAAUGAAAGCACAUUUAGAUAUACUGAAAGUUUUGGCAUUACGGGAAGGAAUCUGUCAGUUAAUAUUUGUGGGUUAGGGAUGGAGUAAGGGCUAGAGAAGGGAAAGAGUUAAUGUUUUGUUUGUGUAUUUGUUUUUUUUAAGAAGUGUGAGUUUGACUGCACAUGUUUCCUGGUUAAGUUUAGAGUAGGGUUUCGAUAGGUGAUAGAUCUAGCAUUUUGUGUGUGAGUAAAUUGUGCACUAGUAUUCUUAUGGAAAGAGAGUUUGGUAUAGUAAUGUGUAUGGUAAGGGUAGUAGUCAGUAGUGGCACAGUUAGGAUUAGAGUUAGCACACUGAGGUGAAAAUCCAUUCCCUAUGAGUACCAGCAAUGAGAUAAAUUAUGUCAGUAGGAAUUUUUUUAAUUUAAAGACUGCAAAAGGAAAUUUUUUUUUCUCCUUUGCAAUCAGCUUAGGUGUGAUGUUUUUUUUUUUGGGAAGAGUGAGCUUUGACAUGUAGAAAAUUAUGUUAUGUGUCAAUGUUUCUGCAUUUUGAUGAUAGUGAAUAUAUAUUUUAUACAUAUAUAUAUAUAUAUAUAUAUAUA